AGGGGGGUUCUCUGAGGGGGAGGGGUCACUGAUUCUUUUCGCUCAACAGGUAUAAAAGCUAAAUGUUAACAGAGAGGCAGUACGUUCACUAACAGCACCUCUACAGCCAACAUGAGCAACACCGACAUGAACAUGAGGGGAAAGAUCACCUUCUACGAGGAGAAGAACUUCCAGGGUCGCUCCUAUGAGUGCAUGAGCGACUGCUCUGACAUGACCUCCUACCUGAGCAGGUGCCACUCCUGCAGGGUGGAGAGCGGCUGCUUCAUGGUGUACGACCGUGCCAACUACAUGGGAAACCAGUUCUUCAUGAGGAGGGGCGAGUACUCCGACUACAUGAGCAUGAUGGGAAUGAGCAGUGGCAUCAAGUCUUGCCGUAUGAUCCCCAUGCACAGAGGCCAGUUCAGGAUGAAGAUCUACGAGAGGGAGAACUUCGGUGGUCAGAGCCACGAGCUGAUGGAGGACUGUGACAACAUCAUGGACCGUUACCGCAUGUCCGACUGCCAGUCCUGCAACGUGAUGGACGGCCACUGGCUGAUGUACGAUCAGCCCAGCUUCAGAGGCAGGAUGAUGUACAUGAGGCCCGGAGAGUACAGGAGCUUCAGGGACAUGGGCAUGAGCGGCAUGAAGUUCAUGAGCAUGAGGCGUAUCAUGGAUUCUUGCUACUAAAUGUUCACUGAAUCUAACAAUUGCCACUAAAUAAAACGUUUCUGCACUACUUUAA